AUGUCGUCGAUAAUAACGACAAGAGCUACCUUGCCACCUCCACCUCGUUUUAACAUUCCACCUCCACCUCUUCUUCUUCAAUUUGAUUUUAAUCUUGCUGAUUUAACAUGUUCAUCUAUGAAGAAAAUAUCAUCCAUUGAACCAAAAGUUAUUUUAAAUAGAUCAAACAAUUAUUUUAUCAUUAUCAUCAUCACUGGCGUUGUUAUCCUCAUACUAAUAUCGAUUUUAUUCAUAUUUCUACAACGUAUAAAUUAUCGUCGAAGGCGUUGUGAACAAAAAGUCUCAAAUAACAAUCCACCAUCCUCAAUUAGUGGUUCAUGUGCGACAAUAUCCGAUCAAGCGGCAACAAACAGCACAUAUUUAAUGGCAACUAACACGUCAACAUCGUCGACUAUACCAUCGACAUGUUCAUCCGAUUGUUAUUGUAAUGAUCUCAGAAGAACACCAUAUUAUCAUGUCAUCGAUUUACCAAUGUAA